AUGCAUGGGCAAGUAUAUCAUUCCGUACCAGAUCUUCUGCCUGAUGAUGGUAGCCCUAAAUUUUUGCAGCUCUAUUUUUAUGAUGGCCAGCACGAAGUUCAGAAUCGAGUGAAUUGUUUUCCUGAGGUACGGGAGGAUAUUAUUCGUAUAUUAAUGAAGAUUACUGAAAUGAAUUCAUAUGCAAGAUUUUUUAGAUCGUUGAGGGAAAUAGAGAUAGAUGAAAACACGCAGAUAGUAUUAUCUCAAAAUCCUGUUUUGGAUCAACGUGUUUAUAACGCACCUGUUUCUGAUGAAGUUGCUGCAGUAUGGCCAGAUGGUGCGUCUUCAAGUCAGAUUAGCACUCCACAUAUUAUUGUGCAUGGAAAGUCUGCCCAAACUCAUCGGAUUUGUCAUUAUUAUGGGUGCUAUGAUCCAUUACAAUACCCGUUGUUAUUCCCUUUUGGUGAAUGUGGAUGGACUCAGAAUCUUAAGAAGCGAAAUGUUGGUGGGAAAAAUCAUACACAACAGGUUCCAGAUCAUAUUCAUUCCUGUACAGUUCAUACCGUGCAGAAUUUCUUAGACAAAGAAGAAUCACGGACCGUUAAACAUAGGACAAGAGCUGAUAAGUAUAUCUCUCCAAGAGAAUACUAUGCUUACAUAUUACAAAUGAGGCCUUCGAACAUGCUCCUUAGAAGUGGAAGAUGUUUUCAACAAUUUGUUGUGGACAUGUAUGUGAAGAUCAAAAAUUCAAGACUCGAUUAUUUGCGGAACAAUCAAGAUAUCAUUAGAGCUGAUCUUUAUCAGGGUAUUCUUGAUAGUGUGACAGAUGGAGAGACAUAUGCUUCAAAGAUUGGACAUCUUAUUGUUUUACCUCCGUCAUUCAUUGGAUGUCCUAGAGAUCUAAAACGUCGGUAUCUAAAUGCAAUGGCAUUAGUUCAAAGAUAUGGGAAACCGGAUUUGUUUAUUACUAUGACAUGUAAUGCAAAUUGGCCCGAAAUAAAGUGUGAAUUACAACCUAGAGAGAAAGCUCAGGAUAGACUAGAUAUAGUGGCCCGUAUAUUUCGUGCAAAAUUGUUGGCAUUAAAAAAACAAAUUAAAAAAGAAAGAAUUUUUGGUGAAGUGGCAGCAAUGAUCUAUGUUGUUGAGUUUCAAAAAAGAGGAUUACCACAUGCACAUUUUUUAAUAAUACUGAAAUGUGAUUUCAAGAUAAGAGGGCCAUCUGAGUAUGAUAAGUUUGUUUGUGCUGAAAUCCCAUCAUUUGAUAAUCCUCGUCUUCUUAAAGUUGUCUUGACUCAUAUGAUGCAUGGGCCUUGUGGGAAGCUGAAUCCUAAGUGUCCUUGUAUGAGAAUGGAUGGGAAAAAAAUGGUCUGCAAAAAUGGAUAUCCAAAAGAUUACAAUUCAGAGACAGCAAACAACAAAGAUGGGUAUCCUGUAUAUAGGAGAAGACCAACAGGUGAAAAAGUAAAGGUUCGAAGGGCUGAGUUAAAUAAUCAGUGGGUAGUACCCUAUAAUCCAUAUUUAUUACUUAUGUUUGAUUGUCAUAUAAAUGUUGAGAUCAAUUUCAAUCUGGCAGGUUGGUGGGUAUCUCCAUGUGAGGGAAUAUGGCGAAUAUUUGGUUUUGAUUUAUUUGAAAUUUUUCCUCCUGUUAUGCCAUUACCAGUGCAUCUUCCAAACAUGCAAUCCAUUGCUGUAAGACCAUUUGAAAAUCUCAGACGGGUUGUUAGAGAUCCUAAGCGCGCACGUACACCUUUAACGGAGUACUUUGCAGUGAAUGCGACAGUUGAUGGUGGUGUUAACCUUUUAUACAGUGAUUUUCCAGAACACUACACAUGGAAUUCAAAUGUGAAAGAAUGGAAAGACCGAAAAAAUGCACUCACUGUUGUUGGUAGAAUAUCGUUUGUCUUGCCUGCCGAAGGUGAACGUUAUUAUCUUCGACUAUUGUUGCUUAAUGUACGAAAUUCAACUUCGUUUACAGACUUACGUAUAGUUGACAAUUAUGUCUGUGCUACAUUUCAAGAAACUGCUAAACGGCUAGGCAUUUUGGAGGAUGAUGAUGCUGCAUCUAUUUGUCUAACGAAAGCUGUAGAGAUACAGUUACUGUGUGCUUUGAGACGGCUGUUUGCAACAAUACUGAUAUUUUUCCAGCCCAGUGAUCCAGCUUCUUUAUCGGAAAAGUAUUAUGCGUCAUUGUCGGAAGAUUAUAGGUACCAGUUUAAAGAUUGUCCCGGAAAAGUUAAACAACUAACUGUUAGUUUAUUAGAGCAACAUCUUGAAUCAAUGGGUAAAUCACUGAAAACAUUUGGGCUGGAUCAUCUGGGCUAUAAUGUCAGUGUCGAGUUCAGGAAAACGAGAGACAUAACAGAUGCUUUGAAUACACCUAUUCCUGAAGAAUAUAUAAACUCAAGAUCACGGUUGAAUGCAGCUCAACUGAAUGCAUUUGAUGUCAUAAUGAAUCACGUCAAGGAGGGAAAAGGAGGUGCUUUCUUCAUUGAUGGACCAGGCGGCACGGGUAAGACUUUUUUAUACAAUUGUUUAUAUGGAGAAAUUCGAAUGAUGAAUAAAAUUGUACUGCCCACUGCGUCAUCUGGAAUAGCCGCAUCAAAUCUACCUUCAGGCAGAACAGCUCAUUCAAGAUUUAAAAUACCUGUUGAUAAUGAGAGUUGUUUUACGUGUGAUGCGCCAAAACAAGGUAGUUUAGCACAAUUAUUAAAAGAGACAACUUUGAUUAUCUGGGAUGAGGCUUCUAUGGAGAAUAAGGCAAAUUUACAGGCACUUGAUUUGCUGUUGCAAGAUAUAUGUGAAAAUACGACACUUUUUGGUGGCAAACUUAUCAUUUUCGGUGGAGAUUUUAGGCAGGUUUUACCGGUUGUACCCCAAAAGUCCUUAAGACAGGCUGUUGAAUCGAGCAUUGUCGCUUCAUAUAUCUGGCCAUCUUUGAAAAGAUUUAAGUUAACGAAAAAUCAGAGAUCUCGUGAAGAUCCAACAUUUUGUGCGUUUUUGUUAUCUCUUGGUAAUGGUGAAUUACAAACAAAUGAGUGUGGAUAUGUAGAGCUUCCUAAUGGAAUGGUACAUCAUUUGGAGAUUGAAAGGGACCCCAUUUUGGAGAUUACAAAAGCUACUUUCCCAGAAGUUGAGAAAGGAACGAUUACAUCAGACAUCUUUGCAGUAGAGCAAUUUUAA